AUGUCCGAGAACGUGGUUGGUGUUCUACAGAAACUCACACAAGUGAACAAAGGGUUUGUUUCUAAUCUCGUCGCUGCGGCGGGGUUCGUCGGAAACGAUUCACACACUGGGAGGACGAUGAGAACGGAACCGUAUGAGGUUGCGUACGGCGAUGAGGACGAUGAAGACGAUGAUGAUGAUGAUGAUUUUGAUGACGAGGAUCUCGACGGAUACGAUGGCCUAAGCGACUAUGAUGAAGAUGACGACACUACACAGAGUCGGUCUGCUGGCAGACAUGCAAACGCUGGCGGCGACGAUCGCGCGAGUGGUCUGGGAGAAGUUCGCCGCCAGCGUUCUGUCAGCGAGGGAAGUGGGUCAUUGCUGGAACCUGGGGAUGAUAACAGACGCGAUCAUCACAACCAGCUAGAGCGCAAGCGCCGUGCUAGUAUCAAGACAAGCUAUAACGACUUGCGUGAGGCCAUACCGAGUCUGCGUGGUUCCAAGGCUUCGCGUGCCGUGAUAUUGCAACGGGCUGUCGAGUACAUUGAAGAAUUACACCGGUCAAACCGGGAUCACACGCACUGCGUCGAAACUUUGCGCCGACAAAACGAUUCACUCGACUCGCGAGUUCAAGAAAUGCAGCGUUUCCUUCAGCGUCUGGACGGAGAAGAAGCUGCUGCAGCCGCUGCCGCUGCGGCUGCAUCCGCAGCUUCCGCUGCAUCUGCUCCUGUCCAUAUUUCGGGGAACAAUGGCAUCCUCGGUGCCAGUUCAUGUGUUUCGGGUGGCGCAACUCUUCGUCUGGUGUCCAGUAAUAUCAGCACCUCGGGAGUAGCGGUCUCAGGGUCGGGCACCACCCAUCUACCCGUCUAUCGCUUAAUGCCCCAAGAGUCUAUCGGAUCUGAUCGCUCCGCUAACAAUGGGGUGACACACGUGCUUACCUCAACCAGUCCACGUGCAAACGUCUUAGGCAACACAUCAAUGGGACAUGCGCGUACACGCAUUAGUCCGGCGCUGCACACUGCAUCGUCCUCGUCUACAUUCAAUGGUCUCAAUGUUCUCAAUACGGCUGUUAGCUUAGUUGCCAGCGCUCACUCUGCCUUUUCGUCGACUUCAUCUUCAUCGGUGGGAUCCAAUGGAGAUGGAACUGCACCACAGUCUUCUUCACAACGAUCCAGUCCUGGCAGUUAUUCAUCCGCCUCAUCGACACCAUCUUCUCUGGGUAAUUCGACCUUGAUGCGUCCAACACAUUCGCAGGCUUUCGAAGAUCUGUGUGAGGACGGGUCUGUGGUGAACGCGAGCGACACGAUCAUUAUUCCUGGUCAGAGAAAAACCAAAACCGUAUCUGCUCAUUGUUCUUCCACUUCAUCUUCAUCCUCAUCUAGUCCGCCGGCCUCGCUGCCACCUCCAGCCCGGUUAUUGUCCGCCUCAAUCUCUCAUCCCUCUUCGCCACCGUCGAUCGUGCUGGCUGUGCCUGUGCGACACCUACCAGCGAAUUCUACCCCAAAGGAUGUCGAAUUGGCCCUGAACUGCUUACUAGCAGUUUUAUCGAACUCAUCGUCCGCCUUCUUAAGGCUUACUGUAGUUGCUGGUUGCCUGCCCCAUCGUCUGCGUUUGUCCAUCGGACAACCCCUGGUCUAUUUGUCUACCAUUCCUGGUUCGAAGUGUUUUGUGCCGAGUUACGAUCCCCGCACGGUGCUAAGAGAACGUCCUGCGCAAAUAAUGAAAAGUGAUGCAGUGUUUGAUUGUCCUGUCGAUCCAACUCGGGCAGUCGUCAAUCACUUGUUUGUCUAUUCCGAACCGUCCAGUCCCGAUCGAGUUUCGGUUGAGCUAUUCACUCGGUCUCCCGAAUCGAAAAAACCGUUACGGGUCCGACUUAACCGCCCGUUGGAUGAGACGAUUUCGCGAUUAUUUGAACGACUCACCUCGUCCAUGACUGCAAGUAAGAAGCAGCCCAGCAGUCCGAUCGAGUGCACACUUUAUCGAUCCAGAUCGCUGUCCGUCGGGGGACUGGAGAGAAUAGAACCUUGUAGUACCGUAAGCCAAGUGUUUGCCUCAGGCGAGGAAUCGGAUGGGAUACACGAUGCAAUCUAUCUCCUAAUUCAAAGCCAGACUGAUCUCCUCUACAAAGCCAGCUUCAAUCCAGCCCGAGUCCUAAAAUGUCGUUUGGAGAUACGACCAAUGGUCGAUUGUCCAGUGGUGCCCCGCUUGGAAACCUCAAACAUGACUGUUGAGGAGUCGGAAUUCGCCUGGUUUGUGACGAAGACAGAUGCUUGGCCCUCAGAACCCUGUCAUCGCGGUUUUAUUUUCUUUCCGACUGAGGCACAUUUGGGUGGUCGUCUGGGUUUACGAAUUAUCGCUCGGGAUGCACACGGCCGUCCAGGAUUACCAUUCGGAAAUGCAAAGCAGUACAAUGAGUCUGGAGAAGUUGUCGAGUGCAAAUGGCGCAUUUCAGCCUCGCCAAACCAGUCAUAUCACGAGAACAG